GCUGAGGUACCGGCUCCCAGCUCCAGGUCCCGGGUCGCGGCUGGGCGGCGCGGCCCGGGCUGCAGCGAGGCCGGGCGGCCCCUCGCGCCCUGCCGCCAGGCCGCCAUGCAAGGCCCGGGAGGGAACGUGAGCCGCGGACUGCCGGGAGGGCCGGCCUCCACGGUCGCGUCCGGGGCGGGCCGCUGUGAGAGCGGCGCUCUCAUGCACAGUUUCGGCAUCUUCCUGCAGGGGCUGCUCGGCGUCGUGGCCUUCAGCACAUUGAUGCUUAAACGCUUCCGAGAACCAAAGCAUGAAAGACGACCAUGGAGAAUAUGGUUUUUAGACACUUCCAAACAAGCCAUAGGGAUGCUGUUCAUCCACUUUGCAAAUGUGUACCUAGCAGAUCUCACUGAAGAGGACCCUUGUUCACUGUACCUCAUCAACUUUCUUCUGGACGCCACUGUAGGCAUGCUUCUCAUUUAUGUGGGCGUACGCGCUGUCAGUGUCUUGGUGGAGUGGCAGCAGUGGGAAUCCCUACGUUUUGGAGAAUAUGGAGACCCUCUGCAAUGUGGGGCCUGGGUGGGGCAGUGUGCCCUUUACAUCGUGAUCAUGAUCUUUGAAAAGUCUGUCGUCUUCAUCGUCCUUCUCAUACUCCAGUGGAAAAAGGUGGCCCUAUUGAAUCCAAUUGAAAACCCAGACCUGAAGCUGGCCAUCGUCAUGCUGAUAGUCCCCUUCUUUGUCAAUGCUUUCAUGUUCUGGGUAGUAGACAAUUUCCUCAUGAGAAAAGGGAAGACGAAAGCUAAGCUAGAAGAAAGAGGAGCCAACCAGGACUCAAGGAAUGGGAGCAAGGUUCGCUACCGAAGGGCAGCAUCCCAUGAGGAGUCUGAGUCUGAGGUCCUGAUCUCAGCUGAUGACGAAAUGGAGGAGUCUGAGGCCGAGGAAGAUCUCCGCAGACUGACCCCCCUCAAACCUGUGAAGAAGAAGAAGCACCGCUUUGGGCUACCUGUAUGACACAUUCCCACGCUGCGGAUGACAGUCAUGGGGCCCAGCCCUGCAGCAGCAUCCCUUCCCUCUCUCAUCUCUCCUCUCUACCUCCACUCCUCUUGCUGUCUCUGCCCGCUCUCCGCCCGCCCCAGACUACUGUGACUGAAAAGAGGGGAAGAGGACCCGUGCCCGAGGGGGCUGUGGGCAGCUGGAGGUCCCGCUCAGUUGCACUACAAACACUGACCAAAUAUGCAAGCCAAGAGCUUUGUUUGUUGUCGUCCCUUUGGGGUGCUGUGAGACCCCUGUCCUGUGUCUGACUGGGUGGCAUGGUGGAAGAAAACAGAGCACACACAGACUGCCGGGCCCUUGUGCUGAGGCUUGGGCCUUGUGGACAUGGACAGCUUGGGGUUAACAGCCGCUGGUUGACCCAAGUUGGAAUAGGAACACUUUCUUACUCAAAAGGCUUUUGUAACUCUUUAUUUCUAAAGCCAGUUUUAUGAGCUGUGACAGUGUUACUGAUUUUUGAGUAUGUGUUUAUUUCCUACAAAGUAUCUAUGGGUCUAAUGGGCAAACAGAUUUUUAAGUCUUCCGUA